CUGCAACGAGUCGACACAACACCUCGCGCAAUGUCAAAUCAUGUGACGAGCGGAACGAGUCGGAAAUGGCAUCACAACAUCACAAUCGAUCUCUUUGCGCGCGUGUUGAGCAACAGCAUCUUCCACCCAUUCGUCGCGUGGCUCAUCCCGCUAUGUCUUCGAUCGCUCCAAGCUCCGUACGAAAGUGUUGAGUUCAUCACAGCAUGUGCUUACGCAGGACUGGUCACGCUCUUGUGGAUGCUGUCGGUCAUCAACAAGCGCGUCGCAUACGGUAUUCGAAGAACAGUCGACUGGGACCAUGAAGUGGUCGUCAUUACUGGAGGUGCAAAUGGUCUUGGCAAGAUCAUUGCUCAGACGUACGGAAUGAGGGGAGCAAGCGUGGCCAUCCUCGACAUUGCCGAGCCAGACAAGGACAUCGAGGAUCUUGGAGACGUACACUUCUACAAAUGCGACAUUGGCGAUGCGAAUGCAGUUGCCAAGAUUGGCGAGGCUAUCAAGCGAGAACUCGGAGCGCCCACCAUUUUGAUCAACAACGCCGGCAUCGUCAGUAGGAAGAAAACAUGGGAACUGACGACCGGAGACGUGCAACGCACAAUGAGCGUCAAUCUCAUCUCGCACUUCAACACAAUUCGCACUUUCUUGCCAGGCAUGCUGGAGUCUGAAGUUGGCGGCACAAUCGUUACUGUGGCGUCAGUACUUGGCAAGUUGGGCGGUAGCCAUCUGUCUGACUACACUGCUUCGAAAGCUGGACUCAUUGCGAUGCACAAUUCCCUCCGAGGCGAGCUGACCUCGUCAGAUGCACCUGAGGGCGCGGAGGACAUUCGAAUGAUACUGGUCACACCUGGACAGCUAGCUACGCGACUUUUCGCGGACCUCGACACGCCCUCGCAUUUCCUUGGCCCUGUCGUGGAGCCAGUGGAACUGGCAAAUGAGAUCGUACAGAAGAUUGAUUCUGGUGAAAGCGGAGAGAUCAGCUUGCCAUUCUACACACGCUGGGUUGAGUGGAUCUUUGUCCUUCCCGCUGGCCUUCAGAGGAUCUUACGGAUCUUGAGUGGCAUCGACCAAGCGAUGGGAUUGGCAAAUGCCAAGACUGCGAAGAGGGAAUGAUACUGC